AUUAGAUGAUGCAAUGACGUGAGGCUCUCGAGCUGACUGGCCAAGUUCGGCACCGCCUGACGCUUCUGUGCGUACCGCAUUGCUGCUGCGCCAGCGCUGCGCAACGCUGACGCCGCGCAAUAGCACUCUUGCACAAGUGCACAGCUCAUUGUUGCUGCUGCUCCAGCUGCCACCGCUGCUCGGGAGAGUAACUGCUGGCAAACAGCUGCAAAAGAUGCGUUUCGCAACCCUCGCGGCGCUCGCAACCGCCUACCAAGCGCCGCCUCGCACAUGUCCCGCCAUCAAACGGCGCGCCCCGCCUCUGCGCGCAACCGCGGCAGCGGGAGACGUGCCAGCGACCGUCAGCACUCUGUGGCGCUACCCGAUCAAGGGCUUCCCGCCGGACUCCCUGCCCCAAGUGACGCUAGUCGAGAACGGCACGUUCCCGCAGGAUCGCCUCUGGGCCGUCGCGGACGCGGCUGACGACGGCGGCUUCGACGCGGCGGCGCCGCAGUGGGUCCACAAGCAGCACUUCUUCGGCGCCUUCCGGAGCCGGGACCGGCUGGCGUCGCUGAAUACCUCGUUCGCCAAUGGUCGAUUGACGUUCUACGGCGCCGACGCCGUGACGGUGGACCCCUCUACUAAAAAGGGCCGUGGGACGAUCGAGGACAUCAUCCGGCGCCGCGUCGGCGCGGCGACGAAGCUCGUGACGGGCGGCGAGGCGCAUCAAUUCGGGAACACGCGGUCGGGCGUGCGGCACCACGGCGACACGCGCACGGUCCACGUCGUCAACGCGGCGUCCGUGGCGGCGGUGCGGCGGGCGACGGGGCUGGACGUUGACGCGGCUGUUUUUCGGCCGAACGUUGUGUUGGAGGGCUUGGAGGCGUGGGUGGAGGAGGGCUGGGUGGGCAAAACUCUAGAGAUCGGUGGCGUGCUGCUGGAGGUCAUCGCGCGUACCGUCAGAUGCGACGCGAUCAACUUUCAUCCGACGACCGGCAAGCGAUGGCCGGACAACCGGGACCUCGUCCAGGAGAUCGCGGACAACUUCCCCGCCGUCGGGCCCUACCUCGGGGUUUACGCACGUGUCGCGCGAGGUGGGACGCUGGGGCGCGGGGGCGGCGUCGCAGUCAUGUGA